CCAAUGGAAGACAACAAAUUUCUCCAUCAAGUUUCCAAGAGGACAAUGAUGGUUGUCAAGAUGAAAGGAAGAUGCUAUGUUAUUUGAUACUCACAUAAUUUUUGUUUGGUCUCUGCCCAAUGAUGAAGCUUUUCCAACAUGGCCAUGGAUUCGGGGAUCAUGUAGAGCUCAAGCAGGAAUUUUAUCUUUUGGCUUCUUUUGGACAGGAGGAAGGAAUGCAGCCAUUCCAGCAAACAGACCCAAUUAAUGUAGGAUAUAUCUUUGCCUCCACAGGACUCUCCCAGUCCCACCUUUCCAGAUACAACAUUCUUGUCCUUGCAUGAGAUGCUUGUGGCAGGGAGCAUCAUGAAUAGGUAGGAUGGGUUGCUUCAAUCACAAUUCGGAUGGAGGUAGCUCGGAGGAGGAUUGUUCUUCAUGGAGUUGCAUGUCUGCUACCAAGUUACUUUUACUGACUUGACCUUACGAGUGAUCAGCAUGGGAACAUUCUGAGCUUUUUCACUGAAAAUAUCAGAGGAGCUGACCCACCAUGGCUGCACCAGACAAUUUAUUCUGAAGCAUGAACAAUUCAGAAGAUGAUUUGAGCCUUCCUCUCUCCACCUUUAAAAGAAGGGGAAGAAAAAGAGAGAAAAGAGAAGCUAAACUCGAUCCCAACCACUUGAUUGUGACUCUCCCUCUCCCUCUCCCUCUCCCUCUCUUUUUAGCUUUGGCCUUCUUCUCCUAAUUCCAAUUCCUUCUCCAGUGUUAGUUCAAUUCCUCUGCCUCCCUCCUAUCUCUUUCCUCCACAUUCUCGGGUUCCUCGUUCACUCGAAGCUCCUCCCACCGCCAAUUCCGCAGGCAGGAAGCCUUGCUGCAUUCCCCUCGGGUCUCACCAGAAAUGGGGAGGCACACAUGCUGCUACAAGCAAAAGCUGAGGAAAGGCCUGUGGUCUCCUGAGGAAGAUGAAAAGCUCAUCAAGCACAUAACAAAAUAUGGCCAUGGGUGUUGGAGCUCUGUCCCCAUACAAGCAGGACUUCAGAGGUGUGGGAAGAGCUGCAGGCUGAGGUGGAUAAACUACCUGAGGCCUGAUCUUAAGAGAGGGUCCUUCUCAAAGCAGGAGGAGAAUCUCAUAAUUGAACUCCAUGCAGUGCUAGGAAACAGGUGGUCGCAGAUCGCAGCACGCUUGCCGGGAAGGACCGACAACGAGAUCAAGAACUUCUGGAACUCCUGCAUCAAGAAGAUGCUCAAGCAGAGAGGGAUCGACCCCAACACCCACAAGCCGCUCGCGGAGGACAAAGUGGGGGAAGCCAAAGCCUCCAGGACCAGCGAAGGCACGUCCGGCUCCGUCGACCUCAAAGUUCCCGCCGCAGCAUUGGAGAGCUUGAAUGACGCAGCACGCGGACCGGCGUCGUCUUCAAUGCCGGUGUUCGAUACGUGUGCCGUCGAGAGGAAGGCAUCACCGAUGACCAAAUGCUUCUUCCUCGACCAAUUUAUUACCAGCCAAAGCAGCUCCGAUCCAGUGAGUGUCUUCCCCCUAGCACAGUUGAGCUUUGCCACUGACUGCAGCAGCAGUGAGACAGCCCUGGCCGACCUAUCGGCCUGUCCGAAUCCUCUCUGGCUCAGCCAUAACAGUAGGCUGCUCGAGAUGAAUCGGGACUUCCAUUGCAACACAAUAUCCACAUGCUUACCAUCAGUUCCAACCACAAUCCUUUCCACUUCAAUGGAUAAUUCGGCACAGAUCUGUGCUGGUAUCGAUGGCAUGCAGUACAGUGAUGCUGUUUACUCCGGAAAUAGUAGUCGGAGUAGUAUGAACAGUUCUGAUACAGUAGAGAUGCAGAACAGCAGCUCCUUCCACAAUGACAUCUUUCUUUGGCCGGAGUCAACGCCGGACAAGGAUGCCCAGGUCCAGCUUGAAAAGGAGCCCGAGGACCUCAAAUGGUCGCAGUAUCUCGACGGCGCCUUCCCGGUGUCAGCAGCCACCCAAAGCCAAAGCCUAAGCCAACCUCUGCAUUGCGACGUCAAGGCAGAAAGCCCAUCUGUGUUCAGUGAUCUAGUAUCCUGGCACCAAAUCCAGCAGCAGCUACAGUCUUCAGACAUCUACGGCAAGGAUUUCCAGAUGUUAUCCGUGGGAUUCGGACAAGUAUAGAUCGUGAAAGACUACACAGAGCAUGGAAAGUUACAACUCAAUUUGCAAGGUUUGGGUGACAGAAUUUUCCUGAUUUUUUUUACAGGUCUGUGUGCAUUGAUUUUUCUUGUGUGAAUAGAUAUGGUAAUAAGAGUGCAAAAUAAAGCUUGUGACAGUCUGAGUCUCUCUACUUC